ACUUCCACAGCGCCCCAGCAGCAUUUCUGCCAACCGACUUUGAAGUAGAAGAUCCGCGACCUUCUAGCAGACAUCGACGCCUUGCAAAUUGUACUGGAGAUGCAGGAACAGCGGUUGAGAAGUCUUUACAGGUCAAGCCAAAGAAAGUCCGGCGUCUUUCCAGUCACAUGAUUGGCAUACCGCGGUCGGAAUCUGCGAGACGUGCGGUACAGAGAACUUCUUCUCACGAAUUAGCAGCAAAAGCAUUGCGCGCGGCCCCUCCGCGUGUAGAUGCCGAAACGGGCACGGAGAACAAGAAGAUGAAGGCGGGACGGAUGAAGGGCCGCGAAACCAAGUCGGGUUCACCAUGCGCCACCCCUUCGAGGAAAUUCUUGAAAAGCAAGAACAGAAUAUUUAAUCUUUUCCGAUGACUUUAGAUGCGUAAUGGUGUGGAGGGUCAGGUUGGAUUAUGGCGCUUGCAGGUAAUGACGGUUGAGGUGCAAAGCGAACAAACUUCUUUCAUGAUGGAGCUACCACGACCUUACGAUACACUACAUCCUUGCGGUAAUAGCGAGAUAAGAUAUGGAUAUUACGACCAACCCGAUAGACAACGGAAUACGCAUGACAUGAUGGCGAUCAAAUGAUAUUAAUGCAAGGCACCCGCAGGAACCUGAGAAUCGGUGGAGAUGGCAUGACGUCAUUGGCUGUGGGCUGUGGGGUUGAGCUGACACGCGAUCGUGUGAUGGAGGGCUCCAUUGCAAAAAGACACGUAUAUUUGGAUAGCAACAACA